AUGCUCAGCAAAUCCUUGGCUUUCGACGCAGGAUGGCCCUCCAAUGAUGAUAUUCAAGCACUGGCACAAGUUCAAUUAAGGAUUAACCAAACGCUAGCAGAGAUAUCUGGAACACCAUUGUUCGCUGAACAUUAUCCCCUUGGCUCUGAUCUUUCACUCAUGCUGAGAAGCUGGUUACAGAGAACGGAGGAUCAACUACAGAUCUGUUCCUGUGUCAUGUUAGGUAACUUGGCGCGCUCGGAUGAAGUAUGUCAAGCGAUGGUUCAAGACCUGAAUAUUCACCGGGAUUUGAUAUCAAUCGUCAAGAGUGACGCUAAAGGGGCCGUCCUUUAUGCUGCACUAGGAUUCUUAAAGAAUUUGGCAAUCGCUGGAGAUAAUAGAUUGCACCUGGGACGAGCUGGUAUCAUUCCUGCGGUCUCUCAACUCUGGGAAUACGAAACGGUACCACAAGUUCAAUUCGCAGCCACCAGCAUCGUACGGCAGGUGAUCAUCGCUUCAGUUGAAAAUGUAUCCCACUUGCUAGAGAAUUUUCCUGGGGACGAAGACCACAGAACUUAUCUCUCGCAGUUACUUUUGCUGUUCGAGAAAACGGACUCCACCCCGAUUAGAACUGAAAUUGGACGCAUCAUAGCAUCCAUAUGCCGUACUCUCAUCCCAAAAUCUCGUGAACAAGAUGAAGAAGCAGAUGCCAUCCUCAAGCGUCUCUUUGGUAUUCACAGUGGCAUUGCCUUCCCAUUAGGUGCUAUGAUUUCUCAAACACAGUGGCCCGUUGUUCGGAGUGAAGGUUGGUUUGCCCUCGCAUUGAUGGCAUCUAGCCAGCCGGGCUCUGGGACAGCUUUGGAAUGUCUAGAGAAGAUGGAUCUGUUCCCAACCCUUGAGCAAAGCUUGAGUGCGGAAUCCCUCGGCUCAGCAGACGAAGCGAACAAGUUGCAAUUGAUCAAAGAUCGUGACAACAUAAUCGUCCUUAUCCAAGAAAUAUUGAAACAAGAUACUCAGCCAAAAAUACGCUACGAGGCCUGUUGA